CGCAGGAGGGGUAGGGAACUGACAGUAUAAAAGAGAAAGCUACCUCCCUGUCUGCCUAUCACGGGAGACCAGACCAGCUUUGCCCACCGCGGAGAAGGCUAGAUGAGGAACAAGAGACGGCAGCUUGCCCAGGGUCACCUCCAACAUGAAGAUUCCAGCCAUGCUGUCUCUCCUGCUGGUGUCUGUGGGCCUCAGGGAUGGACUUCAGGUUCAAAGUCACUCCAUCACACUAGACAUCUUUUAAGAAACACCCCUGGACAUGGCCCCAGCGUCCUUUGACGACCAGUAUACGGGCUGUGCAGCGGACAUGGCAGCGGCUCUGCCAGAUCUCAACCACUCAGAGUUCCAGGCCAACAAAGUGUACGCGGAUGGUUGGACUCUGGCCAACACCCAAUGGCAGGAGCGCAAGGCCUGGGGGUCAACCCCGUGGGGCCUCAGCUCAACCCCCUUGCCCCCUCCACCCCCGGGCUUCCGAGAUGAGCACGGGGUGGCGCUCCUGGCCUACACUGCCAACAGCCCCCUGCACAAGGAGUUCAACGCGGCUGUGCGCGAGGCGGGCCGCUCCCGGGCACACUACCUCCACCGCUUCUCCUUCAAGACCUUCCACUUCCUGCUCACCGAGGCCCUGCAGCUGCUCGGGAGCCAGCGAUCUCGCGGGUGCCGGCAGGUGUACAGGGGGGUGCAUGGCCUGCGCUUCCGGCCAGCGGGGCCCGGCGCCACCGUUAGGCUGGGAGGCUUUGCUUCCGCGUCCCUCAAGAACGUUGCCGCCCAGCAAUUUGGCGAGGACACCUUCUUUGGUAUCUGGACCUGCCUCGGAGCCCCGAUCAGGGGUUACUCCUUUUUCCCUGGAGAGGAGGAGGUGCUGAUCCCCCCUUUUGAGACUUUCCAGGUGGUCAACUCCAGCCGACCUGCCCAGGGUCCCGCACGCAUCUAUCUCCGCGCUCUGGGCAAACGUAGCACAUACAACUGCGAAUACAUCAAAGAAAAGAAGUGCAGAUCUGGGCCCUGCUGGUUGGAUAGCUCCGCCCGGGGCUCCAUCUCCACCUCCUGUUGGCGCCUGCUGCUGCUCUGGUUCCUUGUGCUGAGGGCUCUUCCAGAGAAUGCAGGCCUCCUGUGACCUACCAGAUGUUGACUGGCCCUGCCUGAAGAAAGUUGGUCACCUGUGCGCUUUAACUAUAGCAAGAUCCUGGUGAAUCAGUCUAUCUGCAGGGAACUCUGGGACCUUCUACGGUAAUGACCUUCCAGACCCGUUGCCGGUGGAGACACAGAAGAGAAUUUGGAGACUGAACCUCGCUCAGGGGUGCCGGAGGGGGACUGACUGGAAGUCAGAGGACUCUGGGACAGGCACAGACUUAUCUGGAACCAGAAGACUUCAACUCAUUGUGAGUGGGAGAUGAUGGGGGAGAACACUUGGCCAUGGGACCAUGCAGGGUCACUUCAAUGACUCCCAAGUCUACCUGGAAAGUUCGUGUUCCCUUUUCUGCCACCUGGCUAGGUUAGAGUACCUGCCUCUCCAUUUCCACUGGUCCCUGAGUAUUCCCCAGGUCAGGCUGUGAACCUCUAAUGGGUAAGGACUGGGAAGAAGGCACAAAGAAAGUACCAGAAGCUGUGUGACAGCGAGAAAGCAACCAGUCCUGUGAGUGGUGAUCCCUGCACUACCCUCACCGGGGCCACUUUUAAGAUCUCUCAUGUCAGCGUGUGAGAACAGGGUGGCUGUGUCUAACUACAAGGAUGGACAGCAGGAGAAAGUUUUAGGCCCUCUUUCGGGGUCCUGUGAAAGGCUGAUUUUUUUUUUUUUCUGCUGUUGUUACCAGAAAGGUCAUUUCUGGGCUGGCGAGAAGACUCAGCAGCUCAGCAAGGGUACUUGUCAUGAAACCUGAUGACUUGUGUUUGAUCCCUGGGUCCCAUAUGGCAGAGGGAGAGAACCAGCUACCCACAUUGUUCUCUGACCUCCACAAAUGUACCCUGGUGCACAAGCAAACACACACACACACACACACACACACACACACACAAAUAAAUGUGAUUUUUAAAAAGAUAUAAUUUUUGCAUUGAUCUGUGAAUCCUGAGAUUCCUAUCUAUAAAGACAAACCUGGAUCCCCAACUUCUGGAUGUGGCCCCAAGGAGAAGACAGGACACGGAGGAGGUGCGGGGUCCACUCUCCUUUAUUAUGGAGACAAACUCGGAGACAAAACUCUGCACGACUUUCUCUUCUGGAAACAAACUAGACAGUGAACUUCCUUCCCGAGCGCCUUGGCAGAGAUCAACAAGAUGAGGAUCUGUGACUGACAGCAAAGGUGGAGCUCCGUCCUUUCCGUCAGUAACUUACACUCCAGCCAGCAGUGGCGCCUGCCUUUGGAGAGGCAGAGCCAGGUGGGUCUAUGUGAGUUCAAGGCCAGCCUGGGCUACGUAGCAAGUUCCAGGCCAGCAGGGGGUCCAUCGUGAGACUCCUCAACAAAAUAAAAAUAACAUGGAUUCUCCAGCUAAUAACUAUCAUUCCAAGUGUAGACACAGAUGGUUAUUUAUUUUUCAG